GGCUCACCUGUAGUGCGUGUCACUGGGCCUGGCACUCAUCGCAGCUCCAAAGGAACCUAUUGGAGAUUGCAUCAAGAUGGAACGUGAGUGUAUGGAGAAGAUCAACCAUUACUGUCAAAAGCAUAAAUUUACCCUGGUUUAUGCUGAUGUCAGCAUGACUGGCCCAUCUCAUGAUCCUGUGUUCACAGUUGCGGUUAAGGUAAACGGUAAAAAAUAUGGUACAGGCACUGGUAAAAAUAAGAAGGAAGCAAAAGCAAUUGCAGCAAAAAAGGCCUGGGAAAUGAUCGAGAAACAGCCAGAGAGUCCUUCAAAUACCCAAGCUGCAGAAUUAUCAACAACCCAGAUGACCUUAUUACCUGUACAGUCUGGUGACUAUGUCAGCCAACUAAAUACGUAUUCACAAAGGACCUUGCAAAGAGUCAAUUAUCCUAACACACGUACUGGAGAUGCCCAUGCUCCUGUGUUUUCUUGUCGAUGUAUAAUUAGUGGUUAUGUGUAUGGAAAUGGCACUGGACCUUCUCUAGCCGCUGCAAAACAAGCUGCUGCAAAACAAGCAUUUGAGAAGCUAGUUGAGGAAGGCGCUAUAACAAUGGGAAAUGGAACAUCUAACAGCAACUCUACAUUUAGUGACAAUAGUGAUUUCCAUCAAGUGUCAACUCAGUCUGACUUGGAUUUCUUCUUUUUCAGUAGCAACAGUAUUUGCUUUAAAGACUCAGCUGCAAAUUUGGCAGAAAUAAUGGAAAACAUGGCAGUAUGUGAAAAGCCUUCGCCUUCUCAGAGAGACACACCAAGUUCUGCUCUGAAACUCCGAAGAAAAUUGGCAGCUAAUUUUAAUAAUGUGAGAGACAAGGAAGAGGUAAAAAAGAUGUCAGAUGAGAGUUUGCCAGGUUUGGACACAAAUACCAGUGAGGGAAAUGAAAGCCCAUACACUGUGAAUAAAAGAUUUCUUGAGAGUUUUAAGAAUAUAGAACCUAUUGGUGAAGGUGGCUUUGGGAAUGUUUUCAAAGCAACAGCAAAGCUUGAUGAGAAGACCUAUGCAGUCAAACGAGUUAAAUUCGCAAAGAAUGUGCGUGAAGUAAAACAACUUGCAAGACUUGAACACAAAAACAUAGUGCGGUAUUACAAUAGCUGGCCAGGGUACGACCAUGUAACUUCUCCAGCCUCAAGGCAGAAGUCAGACAAAGAAAUUCCCUGUCUUUUCAUUCAAAUGGAAUUAUGUGAAAAAGGGCCACUGGAAAACUGGAUCGAAAAGAAUCGACGAAACCGAAAGUAUCAUGAAAUGGCACAAACCACAUUUUUACAAAUACUGGAAGGAGUAAAAUAUAUUCAUUCUAAAGGCUUAAUUCAUCGAGACCUCAAGCCUCAGAAUAUAUUCGUAUCAGAUGAAGAUAAAAUAAAAAUAGGUGACUUUGGUCUUGUGACUUCUGUGACAUGUGACAAUCUGACUGAGAACACAGGAACAAAAUCAUACAUGGCACCGGAACAGCUCGGGGACAGAUACGGAACGGAAGUAGAUAUUUAUGCACUGGGGUUAAUUUGGUUUGAGAUUCUUUCGGCAUUCAGUGGUCAUGAGAAAGAGAAGCUAUGGAGUGAAGUUAGAGAUGGUGAACUUCCAGAGAGCUUCACCAACCGAUUUCCAACAGAGGCACCCAUAAUCAAAAAGAUGCUUUCAAGAGACCCUUCACGAAGAUACUCUGCAUCUCAAAUACUUGAACUUUUAAAGUCUGUUGAUAAAGACAAGCCAUUUAGAACUCAUACUCAGUAAAUGACCUUUGGAAAAACUUUUAGACUGUGUUUAAAUCCAGAGUUUGAUGUCUCUUAAAACUGAUGAAAUACCAGUACAUGUCAGAAGCAACGGCAA